GGCGAUUUCCGGUAGCCGAUACGAGCCACUUUUCUGUCGGUGCCUUUCCUCCCCCGAGCAGUGAAUAUCCUUCUCCUCCUCUUUCUCUUUUUCCUUCCCUUUCUCCUCCUCCUCCUCCUCCUCCUAUCCCGCCUCCCCCCUCAUUUCCAGCGGCCGCCGCGGCUGCCUCCUCUGUCUGUGCCCCCAGCGUCCCGGAGCCGCCCCAGCACAGGAGCCAGAGCCAGCGGCAGAGGCUGCAGCUCCGGAGCCCGGGCUGGGGCAGCGGGGCCGGCCACUGGGUCCCAGCGGAGGUGGAGGGGGAAGGAGGUGGAGGAGAGGCAGUUCACCCAUCCCUCCCUCCCUCUCUCCUCUCCCCUCUCUUCUGCCUGCGGUCCUCACCCCCAAAGACCUCUCUCCUUUCCUGUCUCUCUCUUACACGCGCACGCACGCAAACAUAACCCAUAUCCCUGUCCCUCCACGUUCACCCUGGCUAUCCCAGGGUAUUCCCCAGCGUCACCCCGCUUCGGCCAACCUCCCUCUCGCUUUGGCCCCACACUCCCCAUCCUGCAUUCCUAUGGACAAACACCUGCAGGAGGGUUGCCUGUCCUGGUUAUCCAGUCCUAGGUUAUGGAGCCAGAGUAAAUCGUGUAACCCACCAUAUGCUCUUUGGCUUAUUAAGAAAAGAGUAACUUGGUGAGACCCACUACGACUGCUGUUCCAGGAGAGAAGCUGUUGAUCCUGUAACAUGGAGGAUUGCCUUCAUACCUCAUCAGAAAAUCUUUCAAAACUGGUCAGCUGGGCCCAUAGUCAUGGGACCAUUUGUAGCCUCAUUCCAAAUCUGAAACAUUUGCUUUCUGAAGGUUCCCAUGGCAACCUGACAGCAAUGUGGGGCUGCAGUGCCGGCCAUGCCUAUCAUUGGCCCCUGACUGCCACUUGUAGAGCUGGAUCCCAGGAAAGGGUCUGUUUCCAGGAUAACAGGAGUUUCAAUUCUGAUAGUCCCAGUAUCAUUGGUGUACCUUCUGAGACACAGACCAGUCCUGUAGAAAGAUACCCUGGGAGGCCAGUGAAAACUAAGCUGGAUUGUAACAGAACUAGAGACUCUUGUGAUUUCUCUUACUGUAGUGAACCAUCAGAAUUGGAUGAAGUUGUGGAAGAAUAUGAAGAUGAAGCAACUCUUUUUGACAUGGUUUGUGAGUCUUCUGUAACAGAUGAGGACAGUGACUUUGAACACCAGACCCAAAGAUCUCAAAACAUUACUCGGAAAAGACCUGGAAUUUGUCCAUCUUCAGUUCUUUCAAGUACCCAGUCACAGGUCAUUGAUGAAAGCAGCAGUGAUGUCAUUGUCAAGAAAAUCAAGCAAGAGAUUCCUGAAGAUUAUUACAUUGUGGCAAAUGCUGAAUUAACAGGUGGAGUGGAUGGCCCCACACUCUCAUUAACUCAGAUGGCAAAGCCUAAAACCCAGGCUCACGCCGGUCCCUCUUAUAUUGGACCAGCCAAACCAACUCCACAUUUGGCCCCAGCACUCAGCACAGAACUGGACCUACAAAGCGUCUCUGCCUCUCCACCCAUAAUCUCAAGGCAGACAGUCCAAAAGCCCCUUAAGGUAUCCCUGGCUUCACCUAAUCGAGGACAUUCUGGUACCCAUGGGACCAGUCAACAGGUGGCGAUUCAGAUGCCUGUGAGCACAUCCAAUUCCAACAAACAGAUUAGCAUUCCUCUGUCUGCUCUGCAGAUCCCAGGACAAGAAGAACAAGUGGCUUCUGAGGAGCUACUACCACCUCUACCCAAUCAGGUGCCGUCCUGUGAAGUAGCCCUAUCACCCCCGCUUAGCACAGAGCCAGAAGUGAGCUCUAGCCAGCAGCAGCCCAUGGCCCUUCCUACCAUCACAACUGAGGCCACAGCACAAACAGUACCAGACCAGGAUGAAAAAGCAGCUGAUCUCAGCAGGGAACAGAAUGAGAAAACUAUCCGAAGUACUCAGACUGCUCUUCGGAAUUUCCCAUAUUCUACUAAGCUCAACAAAUUUCCUGUAUUUAAUUUUAAUGAUGAGUUGAAGGACUUCUGUAUCAGUGCUGUGAGUCCAAACACAACAAAAGCUACACUCUAUGCACUUAAUGUAUGGAGAUACUGGUGUAUGACUAAAGGACUUAAGGACUACAUGGAUAUAACUAAGAUUCCUGCUGUGAAACUGAAUGAGCUCCUUGAGGAUUUUUAUAUGACUGUGAAGAAAACAGAUGGCUCGGACUUUCUGGCCACAUCCCUCCAUGCUAUCCGCCGUGGCCUAGAUCGCAUCUUGAAGAAUGCUGGCGUUGGCUUCUCAAUCACCAGUAACACCUUCAGCUCUUCCACCAAGAAGCUCAAAGAGAAGCUACGGGUAUUGAGCAAAGCAGGGAUGUCAGGAGCCCGCUCCCGAAACAUUGUUUACUUUUCCCUCUCUGAUGAGGAGGAAAUGUGGAGGACUGGGUGCCUUGGGGAUGAUAGUCCCAUUGCUCUCCUGUCUACUGUGGUCAAAUACAACAGCCAGUAUCUGAACAUGCGGACCUUGCAGGAACAUGCAGACCUGAUGUAUGGCGACAUUGAGCUGCUCAAAGACUCUCAAAACCGGCCCUUUUUCGCACGGACAGAUAGUGUGAAGCGAGAGAGCCGGGUCAAUGCCACCAAAGUGUGCUAUGGACAGAUCUACCAUGAACAUUCCAAGGGCCACAAACUGUGUCCCUAUUGCCUCCUCUAUAAGUAUAUGUACAUUCAUCGGCCACCAACCCAGAUGGAAGCCAAGUCCCCUUUCUACUUGACAGCUCGGAAGGAGAUCAGCGGUAUGGGAAAUGUGUGGUAUGAGGAACAAAGAAUGGGACUCCGGUCUCUCAGGGGGGUUGUCCCAAAAUUGGCCAAAAAAGUCAAGCUUGAAAACUGUGAGAAUUUUACUUUUGUCUCAUUCACACAGGCAUGCAGGAAGUUUGGUUCACUGAAUUGCUAUUAAUGAGCCUUUCCCCUUUCCACAAGCCACUAUCUUGCCAUCACUUCUGUGGCCAUGUAGUGUAAUGAAUUAAGUUCUGGACAUGGACUUGGAGAGACUAAGAUUCAAAUUCCGCUUCUGAAAAUUAUUACUGUGUGACUUGGACAUCUCUGGACCUCAGUUUUCUCAUAUGUUGAAUGAGGGAAAUGAUAGCACCAGCCUCACAGGGUUAUUGUGAAGACCAAAUAAGAUAAUAUACAUGAAGUUCUUAACCUUAAAGUGCUAUACAAAUGUCAGCCAUUGUUAUUAUUAUUAAAUAAGAAAUGUUAGAGUUGGAAGGAUAAAAGAAGGUGACAGGGCAUCUACACAAGUCAAGGUCAGGACUGAUUCAAGGUAUUGAGGGAGAUGAAUAUAUCUCAAUAUCAGGCUUAAUGACAAUCAGUAUAGCCUGCUAUUCUGAUUUUUUUUCCUUUUUAAAUAUCAUAGCAGCUGCUGUUGAAGUGAGGAUAUCCUAUCCAAACAUAUGUAAGGGUAUAUCAUGUUAUUAAGACAAUGUAUAUUGUUUCACUUGCAAGAAUUUUAUAAUAGUGAGGGAAUCGAUUUAUAUAGUGCCUUUUUGCACAGCUUUUUCCCCCAAAUAAAACUCGUUAAGUAAUAAUUUUUUUUUAAAUCCCAGUAGCCAGUAGCUUUCUAAUGUUACAAAGAGAGUAUAUUGCUUGCAAAUUACACAUACAAGAAAGAAAUGGAAACCGAGAGAGGCAGAUGCAUUAAAUGGUUCCCAGAGAAAAAUUGUACUUGACACUCCUUUAUAUUUUGUUGAUGGAUAACCUCAUUCUGCAGAGCAAGCAGCAAUGCCUGAUAGGAGGAAGGUCCUGAGGCUCUACUGAGCCCCACUGGUAUGACUAUAGGACCCUGCCCCCACUGUUCUCCAUUGGAGCAGGGGCCUUCUUUCCUCUGUCAGUAGAGACACUUUUAUGACAAAAGAUUAAUGUACAAAAAGGGCUCUUCUGAGAACAAUAUUUCCAAUAGAACAUAUGAUCUUUGCUCUCAUGAAUUCUCCUCAUGAUAGCAGCCUAAAGUAAGGGAUCUGUGAUCAAAGUCUGAGAGCUUGAGGAGGAGAAGUACCUAUCUUAGUAUCACAUGGAGGUUAGUUCCAUGAGACCUCAUCUCUGAGUGGUCAUUAAUGCCAGAUGUCAUAAAGAUGGCUGUUUUUCUAUGUGUGGUAAUUCACACUGGAUCUAUGUAAUUGUGAAGUCUUUCUCAGACUCAACCAAAAUAAAAUCCUAAACCCUGGAGAAACAAACUCCCAAGCAGUACUGAAUAAAGUUCUCCAUUUGUAAAAGUCAGGCUUGUCAAAAAAAGAUUAUUUCAUCCUUCCAAGCUUGUACCCAUGUUUGUUAUACAGGAGUUUUGAUGUUUGUUUUCUUCUUCAAGCAUGCCAGGCAAAAAUAGAGACAGAAAUUAGGAGAUUAGCAUUGUGACAGCUUAUUCUUAGCAUUUGAAUUUAUAUCACAUAAAUAGAAAUCAAGAUGAUCACAGUCUAAUAUAAACACAUAGAGGUUUCUGACUCUUAAUUCUGGUUUGAGGCCAGCAAUUAAUUGAAUGGAAGUAUAUUGAGGUUUGGAUAAUAAUUUCUCAAACGAUUUUUUUUAUAUUGGAGGUAGACCACUACAUCCUUAUGUGAUUAAAUUAUUAUACAACUCUUAGUAGCCUCAAAUACAAUUUCCAAAAGCUAUUUACUACUUAGGAAUUCAAAACUUAUUUUCAAUUAUAUGUAGGCUUUUAAAAAUUAUCUCAUUUUGACAUGUAUCACAUCUCUACUUGAAAGAGUUAUUCAUUGGACUUCUUGCCUUGUCGAGAAGAUGACAGCUAGCACUGCCAAUGAUCCCAUAAAGGUUGAAUAUUAAUUUCCCCUUUCAAUUCCUUUUAGAAUAAUAAAUUGAGUUUACUAGCUUCUCUUCCUAGAAUGUAGAUAGACGUUUGCAUUUUCCCAUGCUUUUAUCAAUAUGUACUUUAAUAUUUUUUUAAGAUUUUGGAUUUCAUCAGUGUGGGGCAUGCCUUGGAUUGUCACUGAUCAAAAAACCCUCCAUACUUACAGGUUGAUACUUUAUUAUGGCAAAAAAACAAAGGAAGGAAGGAAGGAAGGAAGGAAGGAAGAAAUGAAGGAAGGAUGGAAGAAAGGAAGGAAGGAAGGAAGGGAGGAGAUAAGAAGGAAACGAAGGAGAGAGGUAGGAAAGAAAAGAGAGAGAGGAAGGAAGGGAAGAAGGAAGGAAGAAAGGAAAGAGGAAGGAAGAAAGGAAAGAGGAAAGGAGAGAGGGAGAAAGAAAGAAAAAAGGGAGGAAGGAAGGGAAGGAAAAAGUAAAUGGAAAAAAGAAAGAAAGAGGGAAAAAUAUAUCACCUGAUAGCCAACCUUCUGUUAAAGAAAGUUCUCAAAUUUAGCUAGGUUGAUAUUCUUUCACUGGACUCUUACUUGAAGUCUAUUUUACUCAGUAGAACUAGGAUUUGCCUUCCACCAACAUCAUCUGUAAAAACUCUGAAUCACAGAAUAUGACCUUAGUAGAGUAUCUAAUUUGUAAUGCAAUCUGAUUUGCAUCUAGAUGUUAAGUGCUCUUCAAUACUCAACAUAUAACUGAGUACCAGACACUGUACUGAAGUAUACCUUAAUGUACAUUUUUAGAUUUAGAUUCAUAAGAGAAAAACUUCCCUUUUGCUUCUUAUUUCUACUUGCUUUUUAACUUGUGAAAUAAUAGAAGAUAUUUUGUUUUAGAGAAAAAUUAGGGUUAUUUUCCCCUAGUAAUCCUAGACUGGACAAAUUUACAUCUUGUUCAAUUGUGGAGCACACCUAGAGUUUAGUAGUCUAUACACUAUCUUACAACAACAGGGCCCCUUUAACUUGGAAAGUGUAAACAUUAAGGAGAUCUUAUUCUUCUAAGGCAUGAUUUUCACCAAAAAGCACCAGAAUCUUUUCUAAUGCUAUCUCAUUUACACAUCUCAAAGAACAACUCUGACAUUCCUAGUUUUUUCAUAGCUUUUGCUAAUCAUCUUAUGUUCAUUACUGAUCUCAUUGCACUAUUGGCUUGAUUGAUCACAUCAUAAGUUCUUUCCCUACAUGGAUUUGUCCACUCCUAAACUUCUCAUUAAAUUGCCAUGUUGGCUCUGAGAUGGACUGCAGUAUCUCCUGAGCAAUAUAUAUUAUUAAGGAUCUUUUCAUAUCAAAAGUGUUACUAUAUGUUUCAAUUCAUGACUUUUCCAAAUUACAUUCUAUUUAAUUCAACAGUUAUACAAAACUACUGUGCAGAAUACUAUAGAAUUUAAAUAAG